CGCGCCUCUUUUUCUUAUUAACGCAAGCCUAGAAAUCAGAAGCGCACAAGACUCGCCCGCGCACAGGAUUACAUAUAUACGCACACACACCUCUUCAUCCCAUGUUUAUAGGAUAUACCGAAGUAAGGGAAUCGACACAGUGGGAGAACAGGAACACGGGUAGGUUAUUAUUGUGCCUGCACCAAGCCGGAGAUGCCAGGACCUUACAGCCUUUUCGGCAUCAUGUAGAACAUGAUGAAGCCCUGCAAGCCCGUGUUGAUAUGGAGGAGUGAAGUGGAUGGAGUGACGGAUACUUCCCUGACCGAAUCUUCAAAUGUUAAUGCCGACAAGAUGGAGAAACAGACCUUGGUGACGGCUAUCAGUUUGACCAUGAGCCUGGCAUCUCUGGCACUUCUCAUCGCCGCUAUCAUGACCGACCACUGGUACGUGACGGACACCACACAGCACAGGCAGAACUGCGACCAGUUCGGGCCGGACGCCAACGACCAGAAGAACCGGCGGAUGCCCAUCUAUCACCUGCCCCUGAUGGACAGCAGCAAUCCUCGGAGGAACCAGGCGCUGCUCCGGGCGAUCCACGUCGGGAGUAGAGAGGAGGAGCUCCUGGAAAACUGGAGGUCCAUUUUGGGAAUGGGAAUUUUAGAAACGGAAUGCGGGCGGCCUCUAUUCUCCACUUACUCUGGACUUUGGAGGAAAUGUUAUUAUCUAGGAAAGGACAGGGACAUCGACAACCUCAUUGCCAAGGGUAUAGCCCAGCGAUGCAUCACCAUCAAGUACCAUUUCUCCCAGCCCAUCCGUCUCCGCAACAUCCCGCUCAACCUGACCCGCACCAUUCAGCAGGAUGAGUGGCACCUCUUACAUCUGCGGCGGAUCACAGCAGGGUUUCUGGGUAUGGCAGCAGCCGUUCUGUUGUGUGGCUGCAUCGUGGCGUCUGUCAGCUUCGCCUGGGAGAAGAGUCUCACUCAGCACGUCUCUGGGCUGCUCUUUCUCAUGGCAGGGAUCUUCUGCACCAUCUCCCUGUGUACCUACGCGGCCAACGUGUCCUACGACCUGGCCAGGGUCCCUCCCUUCAUCUACGGGCUACCCGCUGACGUGGAGCAUGGCUACAGCUGGUCCAGCUUCUGUGCCUGGCUCAGUCUGGGGCUGACAGUGGCGUCUGGAUGCCUGUGUACCACUUUCCCCAUCCUCAGCCAUAGCAACAGCAAAGCCCAGCAGGGCAAGGGAAAGGCUGCCCCCAAUGACUGUGUUUGACACACACCUUACUGCGUUUGAUAACACACACACACACACACACACACACACACACACACACACACACACACACACACACACACACACACACACACACACACACACCAAGCCUCAGCAAGGGCCUACAGGCAGUCUAAGAUGUCUGUGUCUACUGUGUUUACUGAGUCUGACAGAAACCUCACAGCAUUUCACACCUCUUACUGCAUCUUUCACAUCAACUCUGAGCUGCAGCAAGGGCCUGCAAACCAACACCCCCAGACACCUGGCUGACUAACCCAUAAACAGCUGCAGCAGGCGCCUGGGACAAUGCUGACUCCUGCAUUUUCAGUCUGAAAACACUGCUGCGUCAACCAUGCUCCCACUAGACCCUGCAUCUAAAUCCAUGGAGCAAAACGUCCCGGAAUUAUGGGACCAUAAAAUAUACAGUGAGCUCCAAAAGUAUUGGGACAGUGACACAUCUGUUGUUUUGGCUCUGUACUCCAGCACUUUGGAUUUGAAAUUAUACAAUGACUAUGAGGCUAAAGUGCAGACUGUAAGCUUUAAUUUGAGGGUAUUUUCAUCCAUAUUGGGUUAACAGUUUAGAAAUUACAGCACUUUUUGUACAUAAGCCCCCCCCCCCCGCCCCCAAUUUUAGGGGACCAAAAGUAUUGGGACAAAUAUAAGUGUGUAUUCAAGUAUGAAAAGGUUAAGUAUUUGGUCCCAUUUUCAUAGCACGGAAUGGCUACAACAAGCUAGUGACUUUACAACAUUUGUCGGAUGCAUUUGCUGUUUGUUUUGGUUGUGUUUCAGAUGAUUUUGUGCCCAAUAGAAAUGAAUGGUAAAUAAUGUAUCGUGUCAUUAUGGGGUGACUUUUAUUGUAAAUAAGAAGAGGACAUGUUUCUAAACACUUCUACAUUCACGUGAAUGCUACCAUGAUUACUGGUAAUCCUGAAUGAAUCCUGAAUAUUGAUGAGUGAGAAAGUUAGACACACAUAUCAUACCACCAAGACAUGAUAACCUCUCACCAUUACAAUAAGAGGGGAGGUGGUAUGAUAUGUGUGCGUAUCAUUUCAAAUCCAAAGUGCUGGAGUACAGAACCAAAACAAAACAUCUGUCACUGUCCCAAUACUUCUGGAGCUCACUGUACAUGCCAUUUAGCAGACGCUUUUAUCCAAACUACCUAAACCUUAACUACACCCAUGCGUCCAUGCUUUUUCUGUGGUCUUUAUGUGAUUAUGUUUGAUUCAGCCUACUGCUACCUUUGCACAUAUGUUUUAUGUAUGCUCAGAAUUCUGUGUAAAUGUAAGUAACUGUCAAACAACUGGGGGGGGGUAGAGGCCUUGGCACAUCAUCUAUAAUGACAGACAAAAACAGUUAUUUGAAAGGAAAGUAACUAUAGAAAAUAAUAUAAAAUUCUAGAAAGAUGUGGCCCAAAACUGACAUGGACAUGUACUCUGACUAUAAUGGGUGUAUCAGAAUAUACUUAGAAUAGCAGAGGCCUUAUCAGAUCUCUGACCAAAACUUGAAGGAAACCCAUUGGUGGAUAUUCAUUAGUUCUCUUAUCAAUGGACCCAGACCAAACCCCUGUGUAUAUGUGCCCAAGUCAAGACUUCCCCUCGUCAAUGGAUAUUAACCUGGUCGCAGUGGAGACAGACCAAACCUCGGUGGAUAUGCACCUAAAUCCAAGUCCACAUCUCCCUCAUUAAUGGAUAUUAACGCCGAUCCUAGUGGACCCUAAUCUGAGUGUAUUUACCUUAGAUUACAGAAUACAUCCACUGAAACUAUCAAUGAACAUUUGCCAUAACCCCAGACUGGAUAUUUGUUGGAUGUGCGUCAUGUGGUCUGAUUGGUAAAUAGAGUUGGAGAAUUUCAGAAUACGCCUCAUGAGAAGAGAAACUGAGGAACUCUUGAAAGAUGCAUUAUUUCCUUCAAACCAUUUGCAAAGUCAAUGAAAUCAUAAAUAAAAAGUAUUAACAAAACUGGUAAAAUUCUAA